AUGACGGAAGGACGUGUUCAAUGGUAUCGACAGUUUUCAAACGAAGAAAUGAAACCGUUUCCAGAUAUUGAAAAUGAAAUUAUUGAAGAUGCUUAUCAAAAGCGUGAGAAGAAAAUUGAACUAGACGAUUAUAUCAUUGAAUUAGAUGAUGGGAUGCAGAUAAGUAAAGAGAAUUCAGUGAAGAAAAUUUCAAUAAAACGCCUGACAAAUAUUGAAUCUUACCAACACUUACGUCCAGAACGUUUCUUUUCCAAUGAAAUACAAGCAUCACCUGAAAAUGUUAAAACUUACGGAGAACACGAUUUGGGAUCCAUAUUCAUUCGACGAUGGUUGUACCGAAAUAACUUAGCAUAUUAUGAUUUAAUCACAAAUCAAUCUAUCGCUAGUAAUGUGCUUGCCAUGGCAACAUGUGGAAUAUUAACUGAAGGGAUUCAACUUGGAAAGGAGAUUGAAACCAAAUGGAUUUGUAAUUAUUUAGAAAAUGUUAUUGGAAAGUCAUCGAUUGAAAUCCUUCAGUGUUGUGUACAUUUAUAUACGAGAGAAAGUUUUUUAUAUAAGCUCGUCAACAAAACUCUACGUGAAGAAGACACGACGAAAAUUGAUACGUUAGCACCAUUUUGUGCACUGUUAGCUGCAUACCUACGAAAAUGCUGUGUAUAUGACGAUGCGCAUGUACAUUCCUUGAUCUCAACUAAUGAUAACUCAUACUUUGACGUAGUUUAUCGUGGUGCGAAUUUAACUGUUGAAAUGAUUGAAGCCUAUAGAAAAGGUGUUGGUAAAAGUUUCGUAUGGAAUUCAUUUACAUCUACAAGUAAGAAUCGACAAAAAGCAGAACUAUAUGGAAAUACACUUUUUGUUAUACAUAUUGACAUAAUACCAAGUAUAGGGUUUCAGAGUUUUGCUGAUAUUCAACCGUAUUCACAAUUUCCAAUUGAAGAAGAAGUACUAUUAGCAGCUGGGGGCUAUAUCAAAAUUUACAGUAUAAAUGAGCAACCCGACGGAAAAUAUGUUAUUGUCUUUCGUACUGUAGUACCAACGUGA